AUGAACACCAAGAAGCUCCAUGAAGUCGAAUUUUUCUCUCAACAUGUAGCAUCCCUCGCGAAAACAGUCCGAGAACGCCGCGGACAGCCCGUCUCACACAUCGUCGAUUUCGGAUCGGGACAGAAUUACCUAGGACGCACUUUGGCUAGCUCCCCACAUCACAAGCACAUCAUCGCCAUUGAACGGAAGCAUCAGUUCAUCAGUGGCGCCCAGGGAAUGGACAUUCAUGCCAAUCUCGCAGAGAGAAAGAAGAAAACAGUCUACGUGCAUAAUCGCAAUAGCUCCACGAACGGAGACGAUUGCAAACCAGAGGCUCCAAGCUCUAGUGAAUCACAGCUAGCGACAGAACCUCACCGGCCACCGACCGAGAUCUCCCCGGCAGCGGAGGUCAGUCAGAAGGACCAAGAGGAUGUCACCAUGUUCAAGAUGCUGGGGGAGAUCAGUCUCGAGCCAGAUGAGCUGCUGGGCUCUAUGACCCGAAAAAAUUCACAUCGACCAAAGCCCGAGCCUGAGAUCGACACCGGUGGCAAGAUCAGCUACAUUGAGCAUGAAAUCACGGAUGGUCUUCUGGAACCGAUCAUCAAUCACGUCGUGCAGCCAGCCCCCGGGGAGGGUGGUGGGUCAAACAGACGCUCGCCCGAGGAAACUUCAGUCACGGUCCAUGCGGAUGGCAGGCAGUCAAGCAACGCUCAGGUGAUGGUGGUCUCGCUGCACUCCUGCGGGAACCUGGUGCAUCAUGGCGUGCGGUCUCUAAUCCUCAACCCAUCUGUCGUGGCGGUCGCCAUGAUCGGCUGUUGCUAUAACCUCAUGACUGAACGUCUCGGCCCUGCCACCUACAAGCUUCCCGUCCUCCGAUCCCUUCAUCCGCGCUUGAAAGAGACCGGAAACUCCUAUGAUCCGCAUGGAUUCCCCAUGUCUCAGCGCUUCGAGACUCACGAUACACAUGGGGUGCGGGGCCUGCGGCUCAAUAUCACGGCCCGCAUGAUGGCCGUCCAGGCACCCUACAAUUGGGGCAAGGAAGAGAGUGAAGGGUUCUUCACCCGCCACUUCUUCCGCGCACUUCUUCAGCGCAUCUUUGUCGAACAAGGAGUGGUGCCUCCUCCCGGGAUCCCGAAAGAUCUCUACUCGGAUGACCCCGAUCAAUCGAUCGGCGCGACCACGGCGUUGAUUAUCGGAUCACUGCGAAAAUCGGCCUUUGCGUCCUUUACGACAUACGCGCGCGCAGCCGCGGCCAAGCUGAGCCGUGACCCCCAGCAUGGGGCGAAAGUCGAAGAGUGCAUUGGCCGGAUGACCGACGAGGAGCUUGAUGACUAUGCGACGAGCCACCUGCAAGCCCGCAAGAACCUGAGUAUCGUCUGGAGUCUGAUGGCCUUCAGCGCACAGGUCGUCGAGGCCAUCAUCGUGGUGGACCGUUGGCAGUUCUUGCGCGAGCAUAAGUCGGUCAAGGAAUGCUGGGUUGAGCCCGUGUUCGAUUAUGCGUUGAGUCCGCGGAAUCUGGCCGUCAUGGGAAUCAAAAAAUGA